CAGAAUGCAUGGCUUCCAGCGCGGCGCCCAGCCGUCCAGGCCCGGACUCUAAUAAACAUCUUUAAAACUUGUUCCAAAAUGUCGAUGUGGAGACGGAAUGGAGGCUGGACGAAGAGCUGGACCGAGGCCCACUCGGUCUGCAAGGAUGUUGAGCUGCUUCUGUGAUUCAGCUGCUAUAUCUGUGGCAUUCAGGGCUGCUGAAUACUAAAAUAGACUGCGGGCCGACACAAGAGCUCUUCAGAGGAAACACACAGAUCCAGUCAGGGCUUGCAAAGCUCCUCAUCACCGCAGCCCUUUUGGGGUUGCUAUGGCAGCUGCUGUCACAGAAACCAAGUGCUGGACACAGGCUUGCCCCAGCAAGGCAGGACAGACCACUAAUCAUUGUCGGAAGAAACCAUCACACAGUCAACAAACAGCACUUAGCAUUGAUUCUAGCACUCUAAGUUAACAAAACGACCAGAGGUCUGUAGGCUGAUGGUCAGUGAUCUGGAGAAUCCUCAUGAGUCUUGUCUGUGUCUGCUCCGGCUCUUGGCCAGAGUCCCUGUGCAUCAACAGAGCCGUUACUGUUCCUUCUGUUAGACCAUGUUCCACCAGCAGGACCAUCUGAAGAGCCAGCUGCAGGAGAGCCACCCAGCCAGCAGGCAGCUCUUUCACUGCCAGGAGUGUGGGAAACAGUACAACACCCAGUUGGGUUAUAGACGCCACCUGGUGGCAGCCCACAGCACUGCGGCGGGCCUGCCCUGCCCGGAGGGGGCACCGUCCCUGCUGGAGCACCUGGGCGGCCAUACAGACAGGCCUCCGCCAUCAGAGGGCAACACAAAUGCUGCUGUGCCUGUGAGGGAGAGGAAGUAUUCGUGUGAGCGAUGCGAUCGCCGCUUUUACACGCGUAAGGAUGUACGGCGUCACGCUGUGGUUCACACUGGACGCCGUGAUUUCCUGUGCCCGCGCUGUGCUCAGCGCUUUGGCCGUAGAGACCACCUGACCCGCCACUUGAAGAAGAGCCAUGCCCAGGAGUCAGGGUUGAUGCCCCCCUGUGCUCCCAGUACUCCUGUGGCGACGCCGACCCCUGCCACCCAGUGCCCAGUGAAGGAGGAGCCCAGCCCUGUGACCUCUGACAUGGGCUCCAUCUCCAAGGAGCCCAUGGAGACUUUCCCCAGGGACAUGUACAACUCCUACCCCAUGGCCAAUCCCGUUCAUGGGAUGGGCCACCCUCAUGGCCUUAUGCAGGGCUCCCUGUCCUCAAGCAUGGGUGUGGGUCGCCACAUGCCCCCCCAGUCUCCUCACCCUCACCACCAUCACUUACAGCCUUCAGCAGCUCCACAGCAGCAGCCCUACAGCAACAUGGCCAGGUACCAGCAUGGAUCUACCUCAUAUCCUCGUGCAGACGUGGACAGUUUCCUGCUGGACCUACAGAGUGCCCCCCCACCUCACCUGAGUGCAGUCAACUCCUCUACCUCUACUUCUGCCUCCCCCCAAAGGGAGGUGCUGGGUGAAGGGGUGGGUUCCGGUGGCGACUCCCACCUGCUGUGUCGGAGCCCUGCUGUCUCCUCAGCCGAGCUGUCCUGCACCACCAACAUGGACCUCGGGCCCCUGCUGGGUUUCUUGCCUUUCAGCCUGCCACCCUACAGCCCUCACAUGGGGAUGGGAGGGUUAGUGAUGAGCUAUCCACCCACCACCACAACCACUUCCUCUCCAACCUCUUCCACUGGGCUGUCCUCCCAGGGUCCAGGGCCUUUCACCUUCUUCCAGCCUCCCCAGGCUCACGUACCCCAGGGCCCUGGAGCCCACAACCACAGCCAACUACCUCAGGCAUACAGCAGUCCUGCUAUGAGCACUUCCAGCUCCCUACCUCAUUACUAUCAGACCUUUCAGCAGUAAGCAGCCUUUUCCCCACAAACAUUGCCUUUUGUUGGUGCUCAUGGAUUUUUUUUCUUGGAAAAGGGUAAAACAUGAGAAUGGCAUCUUUAUUGUAAAACAAAUGUGUAACUUUAGCCUGUCGGUGCUUAUGAUGCUAAUCUUAGUAUUUUGUUUUUGAACACAACAGAUCACCUCAUCAGUAUUACCUCAGUUCGUUUUUUUUUUAUAGAAGCUUGAAAGUUUGAGGAAAUGUGAUGGUCUCACUGCAACCAAAACAGAGUAUCUCUUUUCAUCAGACCUAUUACCACGUUAGGGAAUAUUUUAUCUAGUUUUGUGUCAUGUUUAAGAAAAUGUCACCCUCCUUACUGAAGCUGACUUAAGGUUUUUACAUUUUUUUUACAAUACUGGAACACAAACAUCUUUACAGGGGGAGAAAUUUGCUGUAAGAUGUACUCAGUUUCAGUUAGUGAGUACAUGCAAAAGAAGAAAGAAACUGUAAGCUCAGCAGCACCGUUUGUAUAUGAUAUCUGGUGCUUAACGCUUAAUAUGUAAUAAAGAGCUUCCCAGCCAGUCAUCCAGAAACUGAUGGGCCCAAGUGCAUCAACAGAUGGGAAUAUGAAAGAACCAAAUUUAUCAUCAGCCACUUCAAGUGGUGGUAAAAUUGAACCCUUAAGUUAGAAUUAGGCUUUGUUAGAAUUUGGCAUAUUUUAAAUGUCAGUACAGUCAGUAACAGAUAGUUAACUGUAAAGCUUGACUGCACUUACUACAUCUUGAGAAUACUGUAAACCUAUCUAUGUAAUCUAUUAUUAGAACAACUAGUAAAUCAAAAAUGUCACAUGUUGCUGGAAUUGAACAGCGAGAGCAUUUGAGUAAUGUCAGGAGUCUCAAACUCUGAUGUUCUAAAUUGGGUAAAAUAUAAUGGAGAGGUUCUCUGAGCUGGAAUUCCAUGUCGGAAGCCCUGAGAUGUUUUAGGUGGAGUUAUCUGAGGUCACACCAGCAUGGUAACACAAACUCGUAAUGCUACUACGCAGCUACUUUUCUUUUUGUUCAGCUACAUUAUGUAGCAUCACUAGAUUAAAAUGCACUUAAGUUAAGGUCAUUAAAAGUCAAAGUUAUGCGAAGUCACAGAAGGCAGAAAGCUGCCGCUCCAACUGCUGUCUAUGGGUAGAUGUGUUUUAAUACCUUUUUUUUUUUUUUUUUUUAUAAAGUGUUCUGACCCUUUGACCCAGAGCAUUUGACACAACAGAUACCUUUCAGACAGAGAACAGUACAGGUCACCUGUUAACUGCCACUGGCAACCAACAGCUUCCUAACUGUUGUCAGUCACAGCUCAUCUGUUUCCUCCUUCCUGCGAUGUUCUCAGCAUCCUUAGCAUGUCUUGCUCCUCUGCACCUCUGAUUGGGGCCUCAGAGAGCAGAUCAUUUGCCGUACGGUCCUUAAAGCCCUUGAAUCUGCCAUGUUAAAAGAUGAGAACUCUGGAAAUGUUCAGUUGCUGACACUCUGUGCCAACCAUGUCAUUGAUCUCAGGGUUGCUAUCUGUCCUUUAUAAAAUACAUU